AUGUCAAGUUAUUUUUGUGAACAAGAUAUAAAAGAUUUUACAUCUCCAAGGUUCAUUUUAGAUGGAGCAACUCCUCAUGUUGAUCCAAAAGUUGGAUCAAAUUCAGAUGUUUAAUUUCAAUCAGAAAUAAGUAAUAUGGAAAGUAUGAGAUCACUUAAAUAGGAGACAACGAUGAAUAAAAACAAAUUAAUGAAAAAGAAUUCACAAAUUUUAUCAAUAAAGUUUGAUGUAUUCUUAUUAAUUAUAUUAGUAAUCAGUUAAUAAGAAAUUACAAAAUACUCGUAGUCAAUUUAAAAAUGAGAAUAUUUAAAAUGAUGGAUAAUAAUUGAAGCAAGUUUUAGGGAAAUAAAUGUUACUAAAAUUUAAAGAUAGAUUAUUAUCAAAUGCUCAUAUUUUAACAAAAUAAAUGAUGGAAGAAAAAAAGAAUUUACUUAAUUAUUUAUUUUUAGAUGAUGCAUUAUUAGAAGGAAGAAGAACAAAGAAAAAAUAAACUUUAAGUAAACUUGAAUAAUGGUUUAUCUUUCCUGUUUUUUUACCUUAAGAUAGAUUUGUUAAAGUUUGGAGUUUGUUUAGUAUUUUAUGUAGUUUUUUUAUUUUAUGGUUGUCACCUUUUAUUGCAUCUUUUUAAUUAUAGAAAAGCGAAGAAAUAUAAAGAAUUACUGAAAUAGUCUUUAUGUAUUUAUUGAUUGAUGGUCUAAUUGCAAAUAAUAAAGCAAUUUUAGUGCAAGGAGAAGUAACUUAGAAAUUAAAUAAAUUAGCUUAUUGUAAGCAGAAAAAAAAUCAUCCAAAAUUAUCUUAGAUUUUAAAUAGUUAAUGACCUAGUUAAUUUUAUUAUCUGGCUAAUCAUGUAUUAAGGAAUAGAUAAUAUUUAGAUUUCUUAAUGUUUGUCAAUUCUUUAAAUUGUCAUUAUAAUAUUUACUGUCUAUAAUAAGAUUAACAAUUUUGUUGAUUGUCUAUAUUUAAAUGGAAGAUUAAGUGAAAUUUUAGAUCUAAUAUUCUUAAUCAUUUCAUUAUAUUAUUUUAUUCAUAUUAUUGGAUGUUUUUGGCAUUAUUUAGCUCUUGUAAGUGAUGAAUUGAAUUAAUAAUCUUGGUUAAGUAAAUAUUCAUUAGAGAAUUAAUCUUAUUGGGUAAAAUAUGAUUAUGCAAUAUAUUGGGCAACUAUGACUAUGGUUACAGUUGGAUAUGGAGAUAUUACAGCUGCAAAUCCUAUUGAGAUCUUAUUUUCUAAUUUUACAAUGUUUGUUAGUAGUUUUGUAUUUGCCUAUUCCGUUAAUUCAAUUGGAAUGAUUAUAAAGAAUUUUUAUGAUCAUAAAAAUUAAUACAAGUAAAUGUCAUCUUUUUAUAUCAUUAAUAGAAGAUAAUUGAUAUUAAUCAAUACUUUUAUGAAGAAUAAUUUAGUGGAUGAUUCUAUUUAGAAUAGAGUAAGGAAUUAUUUAAAAAAUUAAGUAGAUUAAGAAGGUAAAAGUAAUUAAAUAGAAGUAAUAAAUAUAACUAAAUAAUAGGCAUAAUAAAUUUUAGAGAAUUUACCUACAGGAUUGAAGAAUGAAGUUAAUUUUAAUAUUAAAGCAAGAAUUAUAAAAAAUGUGAAAAUUUUAUUUAAUAAUUUUUCAAAGACUACUUUAAAUUAAGUUACAUCAUAAAUAGAAUAAAUAAAUUAUAUACCUAAUGAUGUAAUCUAUAAUCCAGAAGAAAGACAUAAGGAUUUUCAUAUGUAAAAAUAUAUUUAAAUUAAAUAGAUAUUAUGUAGAUUCUGGUUCAGUUAAACUAGUAGAAAUAAGAACUAAGAAAAUUGUUCAGACAUUUAAUGAAGGAUAAACAUUUGGAGAAUAUCAAUUUAUGAGUGGUUUUGAUACCAAGUUUAUGAUUAUCAGUUCUUAAUUUACAUAACUUUACAAAAUUUCAAGGCUAGAUUUCUUAAAAGUUCUAUAAAAUAAUUAAAAAGAUAAAGAAUUAUUUCAAUAAAUUAAAGAUCAAUUAAUUUAUUUAUCUGAUUAUAGUUUAAUAGGUAAGAAAUGCAGUUUAUGCAAUAACUAUGAUCAUAUGAAUAGCGAUUGUUUUCUAAUAUCUUAUAAACCUAAUUUAGAAACAUUAAUAAAAAGAGAAGGAUUUACAUUACAAUAAAGAACUCUUAUAAGAAGAAAUGAUAGAUAAAAACUCAAAGUUCUUAGUUCUAUUACUGUAAUUAGAUAUUGUUAUUUAGGGAAUUGUGAAUACAGUUGUGCAAUUUUAAUAAUAAGAAUUAAUCUCUAAUUAGAAUGAAACUCAAACUAUAAUAAGUGGCACUAGAAAGAUUAAAGAUUAACCUACUAGAAGAUAAAGUGAUUACAAAACAGAACAACAUGAAGGUUCUUCAUUAAGUGAUUAAUCACCUGAUAUCAGACAAGAGAGAAUCUAAGAUACAACAGUUGUUCAAUAAUCAAAAUUGAAUUCUAGAAGAUAAUCUUAAAGUUAAACAGGUAAAUUUGCAACAUCAUAAUAAUCAAAUAAACAUAUAGAAAAUAAAGAUAAAAGGAAAAUGUCUAUUGCUUAUUAUAGAGAAUCUAGUUAUAUUAAUCCAGAUGGUCAAAGUGCAUAAUUGAUUCAAUAAAAAUCAUUAAAGUAAGGAUUUUCAUCAAAUGCAAUUAUUGAAAUUGAUGAUCAUAAUAAACAUAAUUGUAAGUCUUUAAAUUUAGAUAUUGAUAAACUUUAUUAAUUUUAAAAUUAUAUGCCUUAAAGUAAUGCUUAAAGUAUUAUUUUUAAUUUGAAUAAAUAAAAAUCUAAAGCUUCAAUUUAUUCAAGUAAUUUAAAAAAGGCAUUCAAAUUCACUUUUUAUUAUAAAGUAGCUAAAUUAGCAUGUGGUAUGAGAUUAAUAAUUGCAUCCACUUCCAGAAGAUUAUUGAAACCAUCUGGUCUUAAGAAAACUAAAGAGUAAUUUUAAUAAUGA